GCGCGGCCUCUACUAUGAUACUGACGGACUCACGCAGCUUCAAAUAGUCAUCGAUGUUAUAAUUGUCUACGGGGUACAUCUGUAAGUUAGAAGUGUACUGUUAUCUACGACUUGAAGGAUUCAAGUGAUGCUUUUAUUGGUUCGCAGUCUGUACUUCCAUCGCAUAUGGAUAGUCGGAAAGGGCCGAUCAAGAGCCCUCCCUAUAGUAGUGGGCGUUAUCGUGACUUCGGGUUCAGGUGUUGCCAUCGCCCUUAUUUGGGCCAUCUAUCAGUGUCAUGUGUUCUCAGAUCUGAUUAACAUCGAGUGGGCGACAUUUAUGGCCUUGGGCACAAUUACUUUCGUCGAUUUCGUUAUCGCAUCAUCGCUAUGCUAUCUCCUCGCUACUUCCCGUACUGGAUUCUCUAGCACCGAUUCCAUGAUAACAAAGCUCAUGGCUUACAUUAUCAACACGGGCUGUCUGACGAGCGUGUGUUCAAUGACAGCUAUUAUUACAUGCGCAGUGAUGCCGCACAACUUCAUCUUCCUUGGCGUUGAAUUUUUAGUGGCUAAAUUAUACGUCAACUCAUUCUUCGCACUCCUGAACGCACGACACUACUUGCAGCCUGCCGCAGAAACUAAUCGUUCUUCUGAAGCACACAUGCGCCACGGUGUCUACCGCCCAGAGCUGAACGUUACGGCAUCCCAAGACGAGGAACCCCAGGGAUCCCGGAAAAAUAUGUUUAAACAUCCUGACGAUGAUGUGGCGCAUCUUACUCGAUCUGCCACGCCACAUCGGCCCAUCGAGGUGACGGUAGAGAUGGACUCCUACUCAUCAGUGUGAUGCAUCAGUACUAGUAUGCAUGUAUCAUGUAUCGUCCGCCUCUUCGCGAGAUAGGACUUGUGAGUCUUUAUGAGAUUAUCGCACAGCCAGUGUGGGGACAAGAAUCUACACAGUCCAUUAUGCCUCUAUCGUGUGUUUCAUGCGCUUGGAAUC